CCCCAAGCGCAAGCCCAGCCAGCGGAAUCCCCAGCGCCCGCGCCAUGUCAAAGAAAAAAGGACUCAGUGCAGAAGAAAAGAGAACUCGCAUGAUGGAAAUAUUUUUUGAAACAAAAGAUGUAUUUCAAUUAAAAGACUUGGAGAAGAUUGCUCCCAAAGAGAAAGGCAUUACUGCUAUGUCAGUAAAAGACGUCCUUCAAAGCCUGGUUGAUGAUGGUAUGGUUGACUGUGAGAGGAUUGGAACUUCUAAUUAUUAUUGGGCUUUUCCAAGUAAAGCUCUUCAUGCAAAGAAACAUAAGUUGGACGUUCUGGAAUCUCAGUUGUCUGAGGGAAGUCAAAAGCAUGCAAGCCUACAGAAAAGCAUUGAGAAAGCUAAAAUUGGCCGAUGUGAAACGGAAGAGCGAACCAGGCUAGCAAAAGAGCUUUCUUCACUUCGAGACCAAAGGGAACAGCUAAAGGCAGAAGUAGAAAAAUACAAAGACUGUGAUCCACAAGUCGUGGAAGAAAUACGCCAAGCAAAUAAAGUAGCCAAAGAAGCUGCUAACAGAUGGACUGAUAACAUAUUUGCAAUAAAAUCUUGGGCCAAAAGAAAAUUUGGGUUUGAAGAAAAUAAAAUUGAUAAAACUUUUGGAAUUCCAGAAGACUUUGACUACAUAGACUAAAAUAUUCCAUGGCGGUGAAGGGUCUACAAGCUUGUGAAUAUGUAAAUUUUAAACUAUUAUCUAAGUAAGUGUACUGAAUUUUCGUUUGCCUGUAACUGUAUUUAUCAUUUUAUUAAUGUUAAAUAAAGUGUAAAAUGCAGAUGUUCUUCACCCCUUUUGGUAGAUCAAAAGCAGGAUGAUAACCACAUCCCCCCAGUGCUUGUCAAAGUAGGACAAUACAAAUAAAGCCAUCCAUCUCA